AUGGGGAAGAAGCUCAAAGUUGGAAAGACCCGAAAAGAUAAAUUUUACCAUUUAGCCAAAGAAACAGGCUAUCGGUCUCGUUCGUCAUUCAAACUCAUCCAACUCAACCGAAAAUACCAGUUUCUACAGAAAGCUAGAGCUUUGAUAGAUCUGUGCGCUGCUCCUGGAGGAUGGUUACAGGUGGCGUCCAAAUUUAUGCCCGUUUCGAGCCUUGUAAUUGGUGUUGAUCUGGUACCUAUCAAACCCAUCCCCAAUGUAGUGACUCUUCAAGAAGACAUUACUACCGAGAAAUGCCGACAGGCCCUGAAAAAGGAGCUACAGACAUGGAAGGUUGAUGUUGUGCUAAACGAUGGCGCUCCAAAUGUAGGAGCCAACUGGCAGCAUGAUGCUUUCUCCCAGGCCCACCUGACUCUGAUGGCCUUGAAGUUGGCCUCUGAAUUCUUGGCAAAAGGAGGCACUUUUGUCACUAAGGUGUUCCGCUCCAAGGACUACCAGCCACUCCUCUGGAUCUUCCAGCAGUUCUUCAAGAAGGUUCAAGCCACCAAGCCCCAAGCGUCUAGGAAUGAGUCUGCUGAAAUAUUUGUUAUUUGCCAGGGUUUCCUAGCUCCAGACAAAAUUGAUGCAAAGUUCUUUGAUCCCAAAUAUGCGUUUAAAGAGGUGGAGGUGCAAGCCAAAACUGUGAAAGAUCUGGUUCCGGAUAAGAAGCCAAAGGCGGAGGGAUACACGGACGGCGACCUGACACUUUUCCACAGUUGCACUGUUAUGAAUUUUGUAAAAGCUGAAAAUCCCGUCGACUUUCUGAGCAAAGCCAGUGAGAUCACGUUUGACAACCCAAAGCUCGAGGCUCACAGCACAACCACUGAUGAGAUAAAGGAGUGUUGUCGUGACAUCAAAGUUUUGGGGCGCAAAGAACUCCGUAUGUUGCUGAACUGGAGGACAAAACUGAGGAGAUACCUAGCUAAGACAUUGAAGGAGGAGGCCAAGAAGCUUGACCAGGAAAUCAGUCUAAGUUCUGAUGAAGAGGGGGAUGAUUCAGAAGACGAGUUGAAUAAGAAGAAAGAGGAAGAGGAGGAAGUUGACGAAGAAGAAGAAAUGGAGAAGAAAAUUGCCGAGCUGAAAGCAGAUGAAGUGGCUGAUCUGAAACGGAAGAAACGGAAGCUGUUGAAAGAACGCAGGAAGCAGAGGGAGAGGGUGGAGCUCAAGAUGGAUCUGCCAGGUGUCUCCAUUGCUGACAACAACGAUGUCUGCUUGUUCUCCCUACACGCCCUCAAGAAGAAAAAGGCGCUGACUGAUAUUUCCAAGGGGGACAUGAAGGCAGCAGAAUUUCUGCUGGAAGAGGAAGGGGAGGACGACAUCCACCUGUCUGAUGAUGAGGAGGACCAAGCAGAUAACAUCUCCCUGGCCUCUGAUUUGGAUGAAGAAGAGUUGGAGGAGGUGGAACGCAGACAGAAGGAGCUUAAGAAGAAAGAGAAGAAAAAAGUGACCUUCGACAAGGAAGAGGAGGUAGAAGAUGAUGACAACGAGGAAGAGGGGAGUGGCUUACUAGUGGAACUCGAAGGAAAAGAUGAGAAGACAGAGCGUGAAACCAACUUGUGGUUCAGCAAGGACAUUUUCUCAGAGAUUGAACUGGAAGGAGAUGCUGAGAGCGAGCUCAGGCAGACUCUGUUGCUUCAAACCCAGCAACCAGGGAAAGGCAAAAAGAGGAAAGCGGAGGAAGUAGAGCAGCAAGAGGAGGUUGUCCCAAUUGAAAAAGAAGUAGCCGAACCUUCACAGGAAGUUGCGGAAGACAGUGACAGCGACUCAGAUGACAGCGAUGAUGAAGGAUACAUUACAAAAUUGAAGCAGGCCAAUGUUGGAACUAAGAAAAGUCCAGGGGCUGAUGAUGACAAAGACUUCCAGGUGGUUCCAGUUGAAAGCAACAGUAAGAAAGCUCGCAUCCUGGAUGCCGAAGGCCUCGCCAUUGGUACCAUGAUUGCCACGUCCAAGAAGAAAACCAGAGACCUGGUGGACAACUCUUUCCAUAGAUUUGCAUCUUCUGACGAGGCUUGGGAAGUACCUGAGUGGUUCUUGAACGACGAGCUCAAACACAGGAGGAAACCAGUGCCGGUCACCAAAGAGAUGGUGGAGGAGUAUAAACAGAAGUGGAAGGAGAUCGAUGCCCGACCAAUUAAGCGAGUUGCUGAAGCCAAGGCCAGGAAAAAGAGGAGGAUGCUGAAGAAGAUGGAGCAGGCUAAGAAGAAAGCAGAGGCAGUUGUGAACACAGUGGACAUUUCUGAGAGAGAAAAGAUGGCUCAGUUAAAGAGUAUCUACAAGAAAGCUGGCGUGGGAAAAGAGAAGCGAGAAGUGACAUAUGUCGUUGCGAAAAAAGGAGCCGGCAAGAAAGUGAGGCGGCCUGCCGGCGUCAAAGGCGUCUUUAGGGUGGUGGACGGUCGCAUGAAGAAAGAUACUCGUGGAUUGCAAAGGAAAGACCAGAAAGCAAAGGGUGGCAAGGGAAAGGGAAGACAAGCUAAAGGUGGCAAAAAAGGAGUCAAUACUAAUAAAGGACGAAAGGCAAAAUAA